AUUUAUUUGAGUAACAUUACUACAUAAUAAUAACUAAAAAAAUCUUAUCUACAUUGACCAGUGAAAGUAAUAUUGUAUUAUAUUCUCGAGCCCCUCCUGAUGUUUAUUAAAUAUAUAUACAUGCUCUCUCGCACCUCUCAUGUAACUAAACGUUUUGUACAUGUCUACGAUAGACUCCAAAUCGUCCAGUCUCGUCCUCUUCCUCUUAGGCGCGAGUCGAGUCAAUCCACAUUAAAUUCAAACUUCAGACCACGUGUCUUAAAUUCAAAAAUUUUUAAUAAAUACUAAUAUUUAUCUGUGAAAAUUAGUGAGUAAUUAACAAUAAUUACCAAUAAUAAUAAAUAUGCUGAUUAAUUAAUCUCUGAUCUCAUUUGUCUUCCUGUUAAUAAAAGUGACAAGUUGCAAAAUAAUGUGCAAUAAAUUUAUUUUUUCCUUUGUAUGAUUUUAUAAAAUUCAAUAUUUUUGCAAUAUUAAUUCAAGAAAUUACAAUGAGAGUUUUGACGUUUAUGUCGACGCUGAUGCUGGUGGCGAACGUCGCGAGGGGCAAUUGGCGGCAACCCUGCGACUCCUACGGGUGUCCCUAUCAACCUCGUUACGAGCCCUUCGUGCCUGCACCGCCUGGGCAUACGCCUCGCUGCGCCAAGCCUGGACAAACCUUCUGCGAGUCGCUCGAUCAUUAUCCUCAGCAAUUGAUUAAAUUUUUGGUCGAAAAAUGCACCUACAACUUUGCAACAAUACUCGGAGAUGAAGCGCAGAAUGACUUUAUUACAAACCAACUGAAGCCUGAGUACAGUGGGUACGAUUAUCCAAAACCAGAAGUCCAAAAUUUUUACCAACCUGUCACUUUAUUAGCACCUCAAUAUCCGUUUCCUUCUCAGCCAACUAAUUCUUCUGACAAGGGGUACAUGUACCCUCUACCUGUACCUCAAAUAAACCAAUUUACCGCAGAUGCUACCGAGAAAGAGGAAACAGAAAACUCCAGGCAGUCAAAUUCUUACGAAUUCAAUCAGGAGCCUUGGGCGCCAGUUGGACAAGAUCACCAAACUGGGCGUUCAAUUCGCGAAAAUUCCUUUUUAGAUGUCGCUCAAAAAAAUUUCAAGAAACGACAAGCGAACCCCAAAGACAUAGAUCUUUGUCCCACUGAGUCGAAUUACAUUACACCACGAGCUGGAUUGAAUAAUAAAGGGAAUUGGAUGUACAUCGUAAAUAUUCCUCAUACACGUGACAAUUAUUCGCAAUUAAUUAAAAGUGAAAUUUGCCGAACAACAACCUGCAAUGGAAUAUGCAGCUUGCCAUUAGGAUACACCAGCAAGUGUGAGCAAAAGUACGUCCAAAAACGUCUAGUAGCUUUAGAAGGUUCCGGCGAUCGCCUUUACACAGACGUCUUCUGGAUUCCUCACGGCUGUUCGUGUCUAAUUACUCCUAACUUUUAACAAUAACUUCACCAUUUAUUAUUACUAUAAUUGUAAAUUUAAAUGUAAAUUUAUUCCCGAAAAGCUGGCUCAGAAAUUCCGGAGUCCACAGCCGAAACGCCAGAAAAUUUAUUCCGUCCAAAAAAAAAGUAAAAUUACAUAAUGACCAUUUUUAUCGUUCCCUUUUUGUUUUAUUUUUUUAAAUGCAUUUCCGGCCGAACGUGUUCCUGCAAAGUGUGAAGCAGACAGUGCAAUGACUCGCGGAUAUCUGGGCCCAAGAGAAAGGUGUUGAGCGGAAGAUGAAUAAUACAUGAGUGAUGACACUGAACCGGUUGCUUUCUUGCAAUAAGUCUGCUAUUACUUGAAUUAUUUCAACGUUCGCUCUAUUGUUGAAAUUUAUCUGAGUAACAUUCAUAAUAAUAAUUAUUAUUAUUGUAUAAUAACAAAAAUAGUAAUAAUAAUUCUCGAGCAUUAGGCUGACUCGACAACUUUUCGCCAACAAAAACAGUCAUAAUUUGUAUUUGUAAUGAGUCACUCUACAAGUCAAUAUCCAAACUGAUGUGUCAUCAAUCAUUUUACUUUUAUUUUAUUCAUUAUUAAUUUUUUUUAUGUUUAUAUUUGUAAGUUAAGUGCUCUACAAGCAUAAAUAAAUUAAGAUGUUGCUUUCAGUUCUGAGCAAAUAAUAAUUUUUAAUAUUGCCAUUAUAAAAAAUGAAAGUUAUUUUUUAUUAC